AUGUCGAUUCUAGACCCGCUUCUUAAAGCUUUAGAGUUUGUUAAUCAACUCAAUGCCAAGUACUUCGCGCUCAGUUAUGAGGAGCAAAAGGCUAUGACUUUUUUGGAAAGGUUGCAGGCAUACAAUUGGACUUUUGAACUCGUUGUGGUGGCCAUCCUCGUCUUGAUGUACGUUUUUUACGUGGGCGGCACAAAACUAAACACAAGACGUGCUAGCAAGCUAUUUGGAGCGAUCAAUGAGUCGUUUCAUGAGCUGGCGUUUGCCAAAGUUGGAUUUUCGACAAAGGGUGGCCAGAAAAAACAGUUUAUCUCUGAGCAGAAUAACACUUGGUUCACGAGUUUUACCACUGGAAGAUCUGCUAUUGAGAGUAUUACUGUUCAAUCGCACAUGUAUGCGCAUUACAAUCCGAUCGCGAUGCUAGUGGAACGCCUCUUGGCGGUUUUCUUCCCCGCCCUAGUAGAACGUGAUUUGAAAGAGUUUGUUGACAUUUGCGUGAUGCCCAACGGCAUCUAUGCCUCUACCGAGACAGGCGAAGCCUCCAAAAAUGCUGACGAGGUGUUGUCAAAUUUCAAGUUCGUUACCGCUGUUGUUAACAAAUCGGACAUGGCGAAAGUGCGCGAGGAAAACUACUAUCUGUCCAUCACGCACACGGCGGAAAACGACAAACUACCAGUGCAGUAUGUUUUCAUGUCUGAAAACAAUCAAUUGAACGGGCUCAUCCCACACUACGGGGGAUCUAGGCUUCACGAACUGCUGGAGAAAGUGGGUCAUUUUCUCACAUUCAUUAGUUUCACCGAUUUGCCUGAGGAAAAACCUGUUUCCGACAAGUUGUGGGAAAAGGCUCAGAAGCCUCGCUGUGUGAUCAGAUGUAAACUACAGACCAACGCCGCCGACCUGAAACUCUUGCAAGAAUUGAUCAGUUGCGUUGUUGGAAUGUAUGACACUAUGACGAGAGAAUACGUUCAAGGUACUGCUGCGCCUUAUCUCUCCAAGGACUUGCUCAAGAAGUCUCAUCAGCUGCGUUCACAGGAACUCCAAAAAAUUCAAAAGGUUAUGAAACAGGUUGAAAGGGAGUUGGCAAUUGAAAAGAAGCAAAAGCUGGAGAAGGAGAAAAGACGUGAACAACGUAGCAGGCUCAGUGGUGAAGAGCAGGACAAAUUGGACAAAAAAAUGAGGGAGAAGAGAGAAAGACGUCAACGGAAUAAGCAGAAGACUAGGAUGUAA